CCCUCCCGUAUUCACUGACCUUGCCUUACCUUGCCCUGCCCUUCUUCCUGCACGCUCGUUCUCUUGCUCAUGCUUCAAUCCUUUUCCUGCUGAGUUCGUUCCGAUCCUUCAUCCUCCUCCUCUCCUUCUUCUUCUUCUUCAUCCUCCUCGUUUCCACGGCCAUUUUCUUAUCAUCCCUCACUUCCCGGCCUCAUUUCACUCCCAUCCGGCCACUCAUAUCGUGACCCUGGGCCAAGCUCGAAUCGCUUCAGCAUCAGAUAUUAUUAUUACCGUGACCCAAUUCGUUUUUUCUGCGAUCUGCGCCUCCAUUGACUACUAAGUCCUUCCGCAUUCCGCUAAGUCACCGACCGCAUUCCCCGAACUCCACGGCCCCGUCGUCUGGUUUUCAGGACUAUUCUUGAGCUCCAACGGGGCAUGAUUCACCGCAUCAGGGGCUCCAACGGUCUCCCUCUUUUCUUUCUCUUUCCGGUAUCCGUCCAGGACCGUCUCCUGCCUAGUUGCAAAUAGUCCUGUCACUAUAGUGAUCGAGUUCCCAAACCGCUGGGUCUUCUGUCUCGUUUCCAGAUCUUCUUCUUCUUCAUCUUCCCUCCACUUCCGCUCUUUUUCAGCAACUGACCGCAUCAAACUACACCGACGGACCUUCCCCCCCUUUCCCCUCAAUUGUUCUUUUCGUUUCCUUGAAUAAUAAUCCAUCUAACUCGCAUCUACCACCGCUACUCUCGUUUCCUUCGAUGGAAAGCUGCUUUUCCUUACCUACCGGGCUCGACUAGUUUCCGAAUAAUGAACGCCUAGUUGAAUCGCGUCUAUCUAUCACAUAUUCCUGUACGGUACAUCAUCUCGUGGUCAUACUCCGUUGCUUUCUCUUUAUCGAUAUCUGCUGGCAGACGCAAAGAGAGGGGGAAAUAAGACACCAUGGCCAUCUCCUACGAAUAUCCCACGCGGGGCUCACAGACCUCGGUGGCUACCUUGGAGGAUCGAUUUGAAGUUCUUAAAGACAUUGGAGAUGGGAGUUUCGGCAGCGUCGCCGUCGCGCGCGUGCGGACAGCUGGCUCGAACAUAGCCCGUCGAGGGACACUGGUGGCGAUUAAAACCAUGAAGAAGACAUUCGAAUCCUUGACUCCCUGUUUGGAGCUUAGAGAGGUGGUCUUCCUGCGCAUGCUGCCCACCCACCCUCAUCUCGUUCCAGCUCUUGAUAUUUUCCUCGACCCCUUCACUCGCAAGCUGCACAUCUGCAUGGAGUACAUGGAUGGUAAUCUAUACCAGUUGAUGAAGUCACGGGACCACAAACCCCUAGAUGGGAAAGUUGUGAAAAGCAUUCUCUAUCAGAUCCUGUCUGGACUGGAUCAUAUUCAUGCCCAUCACUUUUUCCAUCGUGACAUCAAACCCGAAAACAUCCUUGUGUCAGCUUCGUCGUCCAGUGACUCCACUUUCAGCCGAUACUCCAGCCUAGUCACACCUCCCUCGACCCCUUCCAGCUACACCGUCAAGAUCGCUGAUUUUGGUCUUGCACGAGAAACGCACUCGAAGCAGCCUUAUACUACCUACGUAUCUACCCGUUGGUAUCGUGCCCCGGAGGUUCUCCUGCGCGCUGGAGAAUACUCGUCUCCUGUGGAUAUGUGGGCCAUUGGUGCCAUGGCAGUUGAGAUUGCUACCUUGAAGCCUUUGUUCCCCGGGGGGAAUGAGGUUGAUCAAGUUUGGCGGGUUUGCGAGAUUAUGGGUAGCCCUGGCAACUGGUAUACCAAAUCCGGCUCAAAGGUCGGCGGUGGGGAGUGGAGAGACGGUACUCGGUUGGCCCAGAAGUUAGGGUUCACCUUUCCGAAGAUGGCACCGCAUGCUAUGGAAAGUAUUUUGAACCCUUCUCAGUGGCCUACGUCACUCAGCAACUUCGUGACUUGGUGUCUGAUGUGGGACCCAAAGAACCGACCGACUACUACGCAGGCGCUGAGCCAUGAGUACUUUUCUGAUGCUGUUGACCCGUUGCGUCCCAAGUCUUCAGCCUCGCGUUUACUCGGUCGGAAGCUCUCGGACAAGAGUUUCAAAUCCCUACCAAAGGACACCAGCGAGUCUCCUACGCUUUCGUCGAAAGCCUCUUGGUUUAGGAGGUCCCUCAUCGGGCGAUCGGAAAGCCCAGCAACCGUUGAAGUCGACCACACCCCUGGACAACCGGUCGCGGCCCACAACACGACAGAGGCUGCAAAGGCCAAGUCGACCCACAAGCGUGCUACAUGGGCCAAUGGGGCUCCAAUGCCCAUAUUACCAUCGAUUCGCCCUGUAUCACCUUUAUCAAAUGCAGUGACUGCGCAAGCCAACCAAACGCUGGGUCGCGGAAGCACAAAGGCAGAUGUUGAGAAAGCUAGCAAGAUUGGCCGGCAGCUGUCUCUCAAUUCCAAUGGCAACCACUACUCUGAUAUCCAUAGGCAAGAGGCAGAGAGAGCUCUAAAUGGGGGCAACAUUACAACAGCCGGUUCCAAAGAGAGCUUCUUCUCUCAUCUACGCAAGAGGGCUCGCAGAUUGUCCGGUCGCAAUCAAACUGCCGCUAGCGGUGAUAGUGCCGAGGCUGGAUGUAUGCCGUGGUCCAAUCGUUCGUCUUUAGUACUGGAUACUACGAACAUUGGCGAACCUAGACAGCACACCGACGCUUCUGACCAGGACAAUACGAAAUACGUUCUCGACUCAUCGGCGUCUGGCAAUGUUCCCGUCCAACUCACCUCUCCUGUGGAGAGCACGUAUAAGCGUUCGUCUCUGCCUAUGGGCUCUAUCCGUUCGGUAUCAGACGGCCCAAUUUCGAUGAAUUCCGUCAAACGACCUGGUUCCAGUCGAACCCGGCGUGCGUUGCAGAUGACUAGUCAUCCCGUCCAUCGUUACGAAACCCCUGAGGAGGAGGACGAGCUACUGGACGAGGCGUUGCGCUCUGCAGACAAAGCUGCGAAGAGCCUUGCCAAGGCCUAUUUCGCGAAUGACUCGUCAAAUCACGUACGUCAGUCAAUGAUAGGAAACGAUAGUUCGCGUCCGCUUCCGAGCCCAUAUCCUACGCCGUCGCCAUCUGCUAAAUGUGACGGUGUUUUCUUCGGUCAGAACAGCGAUACGCCCUGCAAAGGAAUGCCGGACUUGAAGAUGCAAAACGAGAACCCAACUCGUCAGUGGCCCACGCCUCCUUACGAGGAGGAUGAGUGGAGAAACUCCCAAUCUACCGGCGUUUUCUCUACGGGAUCCAACUACAGGUAGCCUCUCUCUACAGCCAGGGUCCACCAAUCUCCUGAAAUUUAUUUGUCGACUUCUUUUCUACGAUCAUAUUCGGUUUAUUUAUCUAUUACUAUUUUUAUUACUAUUUCAUCUCUGUUUCAAAGACAGUGAGUUUGACUCGGGGGUUUACAAUGGGGAAAAUAACAGAGCAAGGCGUACCGGGAUAUGGUGUCUUCUCCUUUUCCUUUUCCUUUUUCUUUUUUUUCCCCUCUAUUUACUUGUUAUCUGGGUGGAGCAUAUUGUGGUAUUCUCAUUUUACUUGACUUCAUACCCCCUAUUUAUAGAGAUUUCUGGCCUUGCAAACUUGUUCUCAAAAUACCUUCUGUCAACUUUCCUUUAUGCUUCCUUACAUACCAGUGUUCAUUCACUUGUUUCCAUCUAUAUCAUCAAUUGGACCUGUGCAAGCCAUGGGCCAUGUGUCACUCCUUAUAUAAGAAACAGCCAACAUGUCAUUGCCUACCCUUGCCACUCAUUUCUUUUGUUGGACGCGUUUUUCCCAUCACUUCUUUGUUUUGUACAUCAGCUGGGAGUUCAAUUGUCUCCUGUCACUCCUUUUCCUUGCUUGUUUGCAUGUUAGGACUACCAGGGGUGGAUUUGUUGUUUCCAGGUUUUCAACUCUGACUUUGCAUGGGAAGGGCCGCAGGGGGAGGCCAUUUCCUUGUUUAUACAAAAUUUGUAAUAUAGCUUGCCCUCAGCAUGUCAUUGCAUAUACAUAACCUACAUCUAUACCUACACAUACCAUACAAAUCAUAAUAUAUUGACCGGCCUUUUGGCCGAA